UACAACUCCUUUUCCCCUAAUCCCAGCCGCCCACUCCAUCUUCUCUUAAUCGAUUCUCUCUUACUCACCCGUCACCAGCACCAUCACAGUCAGGGUUUUCUUCUCAAACCCACUCCACCGGUGUCGACUCCUCACCCACCGGUUCCACCUCCAAUGCUCUCUUUCUGAAGCAGGUCAAGGUUUAGAGAAAAAUGAGGAAAGGGUUACAUCCUCAGAUGCAAUGGAUAUCGUAUGUAACACAGAGUGGCAGAUUGAUGCACAUUAUGAUGACUAAAAUACACCAUGUUGGCAAAGUCUACCACUUGAAAGCAAAACGCCAAAUGGCUGAGAGCGUUGGGCAGAUUGCCAAGUUUAGGCAGCGUUAUGAGAAACAAGCGCCUGGGAAUUCUGAAAGUUGAUUUCAUCAGAGUUUGUAGUUUAAAAAUGUUUUAGUUGGCUAUCUUUUGAAUAAAUAUGAACCCUACUGAGUGCAGUGAAGCACCACUUUUUGAUGUACUCUUUGGUGCUUUUUUUCUCAUUUUAUUCUCAUAUUGUGAGUGAUUUCUGCUGAGUCUUCAAAGGUUAUAUGAAGUUUUGGAUUUUUGAGUUAUGUACUUAGUUGAAAUAAUUUUUGUUCGAAA